AUGGCCGAAGUGACCAAUCUGUCAUUGGCAUCCUCUUUAUAUGCAGAUGAUAUUCGCCAUAGCCAAAAGAAGGCAAGCCAAAGGCUGAGUCCCAACUGGAACUUAUUGUACCCUCAAGAGCAAACAGAUUUAUCCUUCCUUGAUCAGCCGUUCUCCCCCCAGGAAAUAACAGAUGCUGUGUUUGGUCUCCACCCAGAGAAAUCCCCAGGGAAAAAGGAUGUUUGUGCAAUUAAAGUGGAUUUUUAUAAGGCCUUUGAUUGUGUUAACUGGUCCUUUCUUCUAUCUCUUUUAGAAGCCAGAGGUUUUGGACCCAAGUGGUGUUCUUGGAUCCACAACAUCAUCUCUUCAUCUAAAUCAGCAGUUCUGGUAAAUGGGACCCCUACCUCCUUUUUCAAAUGCUUCAAGGGACUUAAACAAGGAGAUCCUCUCUCCCCCCUUCUUUUUCUGUUAGUGGCAGAUGUCCUUAGUCAGAUGCUUAGAUGCAGUGCUGCCUCUGGAGACCUCUCCAACCUUAACUUAAGAGGUAAUCUCAACUCGAUAAGAACCAUACAGUUUGCAGACGAUACAAUCAUCUUCUCUAGGGCUAAUCCAUCUGACAUGGUAACACUUAAGACCAUCCUCUCUAUUUUUGCCAGUAUUUCUGGGCUCUGUGCUAAUCAUCAGAAAUCCAACCUCUUUUACCUUGGCAAAAUCCCUCAGAAAGGCAAUUCAAUGGCUGAAAUUCUCGGUUGUACUGUUGGCUCUCUCCCCUUCUCCUACUUGGGUCUUCCUCUGAAAAGAGGUACUCUAACCAAAAGAGAGUGGCAACCUCUCCUAGAGUCCUUCAAAAAGAAGCUCUCCAUAUGGAAAAACAAAACCCUCUCUAUCGGAGGCAGGCUGACUCUUCUGAACUCUGUUCUCUCCUCUAUCCCUCUCUAUUACAUGUCUUUCUUUAAGCUGCCAAAAUGGGUUAUCAAUGCUGUUGAUAAAAUCAGAAGAAAAUUCCUCUGGAAUGGCAGUCACAGCUUCUCAAGAGCUAAAUUCAUUGUUAACUGGGGCACUGUUUGCAAAUCUAAAGAAGAAGGAGGGCUUGGGGUGAUUGAUAUCCCCUCUUUCAAUUCAGCUUUACUCUCAAAAUGGAUUUGGAAAUUGUUGGACAGACCCUCUUAUCUAAGCAAAGUGUUUUUCUCCAUUUAUUCAAAAAACGGAGCAAACCCACUGGCUACUCAGCCAAAGAUGACAUCCUCAAGAUUUCUUCAAGAUCUUUUUGCUAUCCAAUCAACCUUCUUUAAAAUAGCGAGAUGGAAUGUGGGUAACGGUAACACUGCCAGUUUUUGGCAUGACAAAUGGUCCUCAACCAAUUCCCUUAGCAGUCUCUAUCCUCAUGCAUACAAGCUAGCUCUCUCCAAAAACUGCAGUAUCGGCUCCCAAGGUAGAUGGACAAAUGAUUCAUGGUGUUGGCAUCCUUUAAUUAGAAGGGGGAUCUCCCCUAAAGAAAGGGCAGACGUUCGCAAUCUUCACUCUCAUCUAGAGAACAUUUCUUUAGGUGGUUCACAGGAGCAUGAUGUCUUACAUUGGCCUCUCCUCUCUACGGGUAUUUUUUCUGUGAAAUCUUUUUACUCCUUUGUUUCUUCAGGGGGCCAAAAAUCAAAGUUCUUCAACAUGAUUUGGAAAUCCAGCAUUCCCUUAAAGGUAAAAGUUCAUCUUUGGAUAAUCUCAAAAAGGAAGCUCAACACUAAAGACAUUCUAAUCAAAAAAGGUUGGUCUGGUGAUCCUUUAUGCCCUCUUUGUCUUGGGGAAAAUGAAACACACGAUCAUAUCUUCAUCCACUGCCCCUUUGCUCGAGAAGUUUGGAAGUUCCUUCUCCCCUCCUUUCCAGCUAACAACUGGCCUUUAUCUACGGAAGACCUGCUUCUGCUACAUAUAGUCCCAAACAUUAGCCCAGAUAUUAAAGCUAUAUGGAAGAUUCUUUUGCCUUGUUUUUGUUGGAGGAUUUGGUUUUGUAGAAACUCUCUUGUUUUCAAGGAUAUUCAGCUCAACCCGAUGCAUACAGCCUCUGAUAUAGCGAGGUUUUCUAUGUUUUGGACAGGUUCAGGAGAUGAUAGGACGGUGAGGAGGCUUCGAAGGGCAGCUUUAAACCUCGGACUGCAGGAGCUAGCUAAAAAGAAUAUCCCAUCGGAGGAGGGGGGCAACAGUGUCAGAAACUAG